GAGCGUGGGGCGCGCGGGGCUUCGCUCGGCCGAGCUGUAGGGCUGCUGUCGCCAUUUGUGAGGAAGGAGAAACCAGCGGCGAGCUGGAGGCCGGUGUGAAUUCGCGGGACACUAUGAGUGAAGAGCAGUUUGUUAACAUUGACUUGAAUGAUGAUAAUGUUUGCAGCGUAUGCAAAUUAGGAACGGAAAAAGAGACUCUCUCGUUCUGCCACAUUUGUUUUGAGCUAAACAUUGAAGGAAUACCAAAGUCUGAUCUUCUGCAUACAAGGUCAUUAAGAGGGCACAGAGACUGCUUUGAAAAAUUCCACUUAAUAGCAAACCAGAGUUGUCCACGGUCAAAACUCUCCAAGAGCACUUAUGCAGAAGUGAAAAACAUCUUAAGCAAGAAAAUCAACUGGAUUAUACAAUAUGCACAAAACAAAGAUCUGGAUUUGGAUUCUGAAAGUUCCAAACAAACGCAGCACCAUCUCUUUAGCUUCAGACAUCAAAGAGAGAGAAAGCUACUUCCUCAGUUUGAUUCCCAGGUUCCUAAAUACUCUGCAAAAUGGAUAGAUGGAAAUUCUGGGAAUAUUUCAAACUGUUCACAAAGUAUUUUGGAACAAAGAGAAUCCAGAGAUUUUAGACUUGACAUGUUGCAACAAACAGGUGCUACAUUUUGUUGCAGCCGUACUUUAUGGUCUAGUCAUAACCAAACAUCAGAGGUAGAGAAAGCUAAAACUGACUCAAACACUUGCAUCCGAAGAACUCCUCAGUAUAGCAGGGAGCAAUUAAGUAUGAUGACUCUUGGAGAAGUGGAGCAACUAAGUGGGAAACUCCUCAAGCAAAUCCAAGAUGUGUUUGAAGAGCUAACUCAGCAAGUGCAAGAAAAAGAUUCCUUGGCUUCACAACUUAAUGUCCGGCACAUUGCCAUUGAACAGCUGCUAAAGAACUGCUCCAAAUUACCAUGUCUGCAGAUGGGACGGGCAGCGAUGAAAUCCAAUAUAUCCAUAUAACAGCAUCUAACCUUGGCAUUUACCCUCUUCCUUGAUCUGAGUUGUGUGCACUUAAGAAAUGUUUGGGAAGACUCAUAGGCUUGUCUGUAUUGCAAGAUGCAAAGGAAGUUACAUACAGUGUUCCUUUUUUAAAAAACAAACUUGAUACUAGUUUUGACUCUGGAAGUCGUCUAACUUUUCUCCCACAACUAGGAACAUUCUUUCCAAUCACUGAAGACAAAUUAUGACUGUACAGGCAGUCAGAAGUCCCUUUGUUAAUAAUCUGGGAGGUCAAUGGAUGAAAUACAAUUUUUAGGUACAAAGAAAAUGGAGAAACCAGUAUUCAUGAAAUUCACAUUUCUUAUUUAUUGCAAGCAAUAUUUUAUUACUGAAAUUUUAUACAAGAAGAAACUAUUUUAGGUACUUUUCCACAUCUCUUUAUAAAAGUUUUGAAUUAACCAAGUAACACUUUGCCUUGUGUAAUAAUUGUUUACCCCCUUUUCAAGUUGGUGUCCUUUCAUGAUGAAAAUAUUUUUAAAAAUAAAACUUUAAAAAAACCUGUUUUCCAAAGACACAAUCUCAGUGGCUGUAAUGCAUUACUUUUAAUUUUCAGCAAUGUAGAAUCUCUUGGGCAUGGAUUGUAUCUUAAUAGAAGCACAGCACCUCCUUUUGGAAUGACCAUUCUUGUUUUAUUAUAUGCAGAGCUGAAGUUCAGUUUUGUAUGUGGAUUUCUAAUGCUUAAUAAAAGUAUAUGGCUUCAAAGAAAUAAACCUAUAAUACCUCA